AUGCAAGUUGUUUCACACGAUAAAGCAUCAUCCUCACCAUCAUUAUCAUCAUCAUCACCAGCAGCACUGUCGUCUUCACAAAUGGUUAUAACAACACCAGUUACAAUGACAACAGCUAUUCAUCCUGGUUCACCAGGAUUCACAUUACCACCUAAAAUAGGUACAUUAAUUCCAAAUCGUAUAUUUGUUGGCGGGAUUAAUUCAAAUACAACUGAAGAUGAAUUGCGUACAUUUUUCUCAACCUAUGGAGUUAUUAAAGAUGUAAAAAUUAUCAAUGAUAAAUCUGCUCAGUCGAAAGGCACUUAUGGUUUUGUUACAUUUGAAAAUCAAGAGAUAGCUGAAAAAAUAAUUAAAAAUGAGGCUGAAUCAUUAAUAUUUAAAGAUAGAAAGUUGAAUAUUGGUUAUGCUGUUCGUAAACAAAAUGUAUUUUCAAAACAAGAAAUGGGUAAUACAUAUUUUCUAGCACAUAAUGUCUGUCCAAUGACCAAUGGAUUAUCAAUGUUUCAAAUGUGUCCACAUGAAUGCUCAUUUGUAGCUAUGAAUCAGCCUGCUAUCUACUAUCCAACGACGUCAACAACAUUGUUGGUGCCUCAGUGUACACCAACAAUUCAAGAAUUGAAUACACCACUUCAUGUUAAAUAUAAUAAUACGCAUAAACCAAAUCCACAAUGCUGCUUUAAUUCAAAUUUAUCAAAUAUACCAUUUAUGAGUUAUUUAUGCACACAUAAUAUGAUGUCUGGUCAAAAACCUCAAUUAAUAACAAAUAUAGGGACAACAAUACCAGAAGUAUCACCAGUAGUUCUACAGGGGAUAACAAUGAAUUCAAAUGACCAACUGUUGAAUAAUGAUUUGAAAAAUGAACCUUCAACAAAUUCUGCAACUCCAAAUGUAUCAAAUCAAUUAAAAACUUCGGAAAUGAAUGUUAAUGGCUUAAAUGAGAGUUCAUUCACUACAUUCCCAUCAACUUUUGUAAACUCACCAUCUUCAAUAAUAUCAUCAACAGAAGCACCAGCAUUUAUAACGUCCAGCCAGCAGAAAACAUUUCCUCCCUUGACAUCACCUUCAGCCUAUUCCCUACCGACUAUAAAUGCAUAUCAGAAUCAAAAUAUACCAACUACAAAGUAUCCAUGUUUAUGCAUUAAACCAGAAGAUGCAAUCAGAUGGACAGAUGUCUCACAGAACCCGCCUACUACAUAUCUAUGCGAUACUUCACUGACAAAAAAUUAUGAUAAUGGUCAAAUACUAGUUGGUACUGCUACUACUACUAAUGCUCCAACUGCCGCUCCCAGUCCUACAACAACAACAAAGACUGCAACUCAUACUGAUACAUGCGGUAUUGAUAAUCCUGCCUUAUCAAAUCUACCACAGCAUUGGAAUCAUUUAUUAUCUCAGUCAAAUCAAAAUCAGAAUGCACCAAUAUAUUCAAACCAAGCACUAGCUACUCAAAUGAAAUCAGUAGUAAAACAACAACAACAAUCAGAAAUAUCAUCAGAUAUAUUUGAUAAACGAAUAGAUAUCACAAAUAGUAAUAACAGUCAGUCAGAAUCCCUGUUAAUGAAAAUAUUACCAUCAUAUUAUGCACAAAAUAAAGAAGGAUCAUUAAUUAACAGUCAAAAUAAUAAAAAUGAUGAUUAUGGCCCUGUAAACUGCACUAAUAACAGUAGUAAUAAUAAUACUAUAAAUACAGAACGACAUAAUCCACUAAAUAAUUUAUGGAAUAUAAAACCCGAUAAUGAAGAUUUACAAGGUAAACCUCAUCGAAUUAUGUCCAACAAGGAUAACACUGAUGAUAUGAGAUAUGCAAAACAAAAUGAAAAGUCAGAUCAACUCGACUGCAAUACAAAUACAAGAGUACAAAUGCAAGACGCCAAUAAAAUCACACCGAUUUCAUGUGUGGAUAACUUUCAUGAAGAACAAUUGUCCACUGAUCAAAAUGUUGAACAAAACUUCUAUAACCUAUUAAAAUAUUUUGAAGAACUAUUUGGGAAACAAAUAGAUACAAAUUCACAAGUAGAAAUGAAUGAGAAAAGAACUACUUCAGGAAAUACUUCAUUGCAAAACUUUCAUUUAUUGAACAAUCCUUCUAAUUCAAAUGAAAAUGAAAACAAUAUCUCCUCACAUGAAACGUGUUUAGGAGACAUUAAUUUACUAAAUGACAAUAACAAUAACAAUAAUCAUCAUGAACUAGGGGAAAAGAAUUCGAUCAAUUCAAAAUCUUUCCUACGGAAAACAAUAAAUGAUACUGUCAAUAUUAAAAAUAAAUCGUACCUCAAUGGUUCAAUUGAAAAGAUGGCGGACAAUAAUUCAAAACGUUUAACAACACCAAAAACCGCCGAUACUACUACUAUUACUAUGAAUUCUUACAAUUCAUAUUUAUUACAAAAACUAAAAGAUGAAUCUUCUAAAGAAAAUCAACACAACCAGACCAUAAAUGGGAAAAAAGAUAAUCAUAGCUAUAAAAAAUUCCAACUGAAAUCGAAUACCAAUCCAGGAAAAACAUCAAACAUUAGUAAAAGUAUUAAUAAUAAUAAUAAUGGCUUAACUUUAAAGAAUCCAAAACGAUCAUCAUUAAAACAAUGAAAUAGUUAUUCAUUUUAAACCAC